AUGAUUGGUUGAAGUCACGAUUGAUAAUACAACACCAAGAAGAGCCUGAAAUAUACGAUCGUGACACCAGCAAUCAAAAAGUCCUCAAAAGUGACAGGAAAGUGCCUGGAACUGGCAAGGAACUGAAACACGUGACCGGCGCAAUAUCCGAUUCAUACGAUCUUGACAUCAUUGGAAAGCUCUCAUCGUCCUCUUUCAAACGACUACAAAAUCGCAUGAAACCAAUCACAAGAAGCCAAGAUAUUCCGUCCUAA